CAAAUUUUCAACAACAAAAGAAAAAAAUUAUAAUUUUUUUCCAACUAUGAUGAAGAAAGUUGGAUGCUUUUAAUUUCCAUUUGUAAUGAAGAGAGAAGAUUUGGGUUUUAUCUUCUUCCUGCUCUCAUCAUGGUUCUUUAAUCAAUCAGUUCAAGGACUUAUUACAUCUCUGCUACCGGAUUUCGGGACCAAAACUGCGAUUUUUCCUGUUGUGAUUUCAGCAUAUAUUUGUGUUUUUUGGUUGUUCUUCUUUCAGGAAUUCAACCGUCUGCAUUUUGAAACGAACCGAUAUUUGAGCCAAGGGGGUUGGAAUUUAUCAUGGCCGGUAUCGAUGAUAACAUUUCUAUUAUCGGAGAUUGGAUUCCUCCUACUCAGAGUCCAAGGACCUUUUUCACAGUUAUGUUAGGUGAUGAUAGUGGUUCAAAACAAGUGUCUAAAGCUCCUCUUGAAAAUAAAAGUGAGGGACUCUUUCUGGGAGAGAAUAGUGAUAAAAUGGAUGUUAACCAAGGUUGUGAACCGUCAAAUGAAUCGACUUUUGAGCAAAAAUCAAGUACACGGGCUGGUUUGUUGGAAAGGAUGGCAGCCAGAGCCGGUUUUAAUGCUCCAAGGUUGAAUACUGAAAACAUCAGGUCUACUGAUACUUCGCUUAACCCCGAGAUUCGUUCUCCUUACUUGACAAUACCUCCUGGUCUCAGCCCUACAACAUUGCUGGAAUCUCCGGUUUUUGUUUCGAAUUCCUUGGCACAGCCAUCCCCGACUACUGGAAAGUUCUCAUUCAUUCCUAAUGUUAAUGAUAGGAGCUGUAUCCCAGAGUCUCGUGAUAAAAGUGAGGAUAACUAUUUUGAAGACAUCAAUGCAUCAUCAUUUGCCUUCAAGCCCAUUGCAGAAUCGAAUUCCUCUUUUCUCCUUGGUGCGAUGAGUAAAGUUACUCCGGCCAGUCUUCCUCAGCAGUCUUUUUCUAACGUUGAAGUUUCAGUUCAGUCCGAGAAUUCUCAGCCAUCUCGAAGCGUAGACCCGAGGAAACUGCAACAACAAAACAGCAACAUGCUUAGCCUUCAGGCAGAUUUCUUGAGGUCAUCAACUGAAAAAGAUACGGGGAGUAACAACUCUGCAGACCAAAGGGUCUUUGAUCCCGUUGGUGGGAGCGUUGAACAUUCAUUGCCUCUUGAUGAGCCCCAGGAUGAAGAAGGAGAUCAAAGAGUCAGUGGAGAUUGCAUGGCUGGUGGUGCGCCAUCUGAGGAUGGAUAUAAUUGGAGGAAAUAUGGGCAAAAACAAGUAAAAGGGAGUGAAUAUCCUCGUAGUUACUAUAAAUGCACACAUCCAACUUGUCAGGUUAAGAAGAAAGUCGAACGUUCUCAUGAAGGUCACAUAACGGAAAUAAUAUACAAAGGAGCUCACAACCAUCCAAAGCCUCCACCUAACCGUCGAUCAUCCAUUGGAUCAUCUAACCCAUUAAUUGACGUGCAACUGGAACUCCCCGAACAAACUGGCCUUCAAAAUGGUACAGAUGGUGAGCCUGUUUGGGCAACUGCACAGAAGGCAAUGGUUGCUGCUACUCAUGAUUGGACGCAUGAAAACAUCGAGAUGACAUCUUCUGCAACUAUAUGUCCAGAGAACGGCACUGCACCGGCCCCAAAUGGUACUCACAUUGAAUCAGGUGAUGCAGUGGAUGCCUCAUCUACAUUCUCUAAUGAUGAAGAUGAAGAUGAUCGGGGGACACAUGGCAGUGUCUCGUUAGGUUACGACGGUGAAGGAGAUGAAUCUGAAUCAAAGAGAAGGAAAAUCGAAGCCUAUACAACAGAAAUGAGUGGAGCCACACGAGCUAUUCGUGAGCCUAGGGUUGUGGUCCAGACAACCAGUGAGGUAGAUAUCCUAGAUGAUGGAUAUCGGUGGCGCAAGUAUGGCCAGAAAGUAGUGAAAGGAAAUCCAAAUCCAAGGAGUUACUACAAAUGCACAAGUGCUGGCUGCACCGUGAGGAAGCAUGUGGAGAGGGCAUCACAUGACCUUAAAUCAGUAAUUACUACUUACGAAGGAAAGCAUAAUCAUGAUGUUCCGGCUGCUCGUAAUAGCAGUCACGUCAAUUCUGCUACUUCAAACACGGCAACCGCCCUCGCUUCUUCUUCUGUCCAAACCCAUGCCCACAGGCCAGAGCCAUCACAACUUCACAACAGCAUGGUUAGACCGACAUCAUUCGGUCCAUUUACCCUGCCUGGAAGGCAACAACUGGGGCCUUCACCCGGCUUCUCCUUUGGAAUGAAUCAACCAGGCCUAGCAAAUUUGGCAAUGGCUGGAUUAGGCCCUGGACAACCGAAGAUGCCGGUUCUGCCUCUUCAUCCAUACAUGCCUCAUCAACGCCAGGGUAACGAAAUGGGUUUCAGGUUGCCAAAAGGAGAAGCAAAGAUGGAACCGAUGUCUGACCCAGGUUUGGAUCUAUCCAACAACACAUCAGUAUACCAGCAACUAAUGAGUAGGCUGCCCCUUGGACCACAGAUGUAAAAUUUCCUUCUUUUUUAUUCAGUUCUGAGAAGAAAUAGAAAGCAUUUAUGUUUUCAAUAUAGAAAUGAGCAUUUCAUCAGUGCUUAUUUUUUUCUUCCAUAUUAUAUUCUCUUGAUUUUUGAUGACUUGAGAACAUAAGUUGAAAUUAUUAUGAAAUGCAGUACUAUUUUUCCUCCA